AUGGCGGAGGACAGGCUUAAACCGAGGCCGCCCUUUGCGUUACCAUCCCAGGCAUCAGAGUUGUGUAAGGAAGGCGCCCUAGGGGCUGCUGUCUUGUCAUCUUCUGCCGAGGGCCCUCGUAAGCGUGUCCCGUGGGAACCCAGGGAGGUCAAUAUGCUGCGCCAUGAGGUUGCCAGAGUGAAGGAAUGGACCUUGAAGGCCCGGCGCUUGCUUGGUGGGGGCUCGGCGUCCAGCAGUGGUCGGCAAAUGGGUAUGUCUGAGGCGCAGGAGCUCCUGGCUGAAGGCCGCUCUCUCGAUAGAGGCAUUGAUUCUGUCCAUAAGGAGGUGAGUGAGAUACUGAGGAUGGUAGCAAAAGCCGAGGCGUUCGGCGAGAAAGUCCGCGCUGCUAAGCCGGCUCCUAACGACAACCUUAUGACGCUGCCGAUGCUCAGGGACUUGGUCGUUGAGGGCCUUUCCUUACGCAUUGUUCCGGAGCCUGAGAUGAGAUAUCUCCUCCAACAACAAGAGUUGGUAAGGCUACUCGCUGAAAAGCUCAGGGAAGCGACUCAGGCCAAUUGCCUCGAGUCAUGCCAAAUCGUCCUGUAUGAAGACGAAGGCAUGGACGUGGACUUGGGCCCUAAGAUAGAUCGGCUGCGAGAGCAUGUCACGAUUAGCGAGUGGGCCUCUCGGGCUCAGACCAAGCUCCAUGGAAGGCGCUCCCAGCUGCCCCUCAGUACUGUGGAGCACCUGUUGGCUGACGAUGAUGCCACGGAAAAGCUCGACCCCAAUCACUGUCUUGAGCUCAGGACGCUACUAGAGGCUAGGACGGCCGGUCGUGCGUGGCAGGAACAGGCCCAGAAGUACCUCCAAGCUGAUACGGUAUUGCAGCAUGGAGAGGAACCUGGCGAGAAGGAUCUUGCCGCCCGAGGCACUCUCGAUCAGCUCACGGUGCUCCUCGAGGAGCAUUCCGACCUACCACGUGUCUGUGUGCCCCACGCGGCUCAGCAGUUGGAGGCUCUGAUAAGAAAAGGUCGACAGUGGCUGAGGAAGGUUCAGAGGCUGCUCAUCCUUGAGAGCAACGCUGAA